AUGGACUCGCUUCCUAGGAAGGCCAAGCAGCGUUACUUCGUUGCGAUGGCUGUCAUGAUGGUCUUGUCAACAGCUCUGGCGCUCGACGUCCUCUACCUGCGACCCGGGGCCCUAUCAAUGAGACAACAGGCCCUUGCGGUUCUAUUGUUGCUUCUAGGUUGGUUUACACAAAUGUCCUUGGGCGGGACGCAUCGGUAUUAUGUGGAAAUGAUGCGGAAUGGGUGUUCGCCUCCGCCUCUAUUCCCGAAUGAUCCUUUCGGGGUACGCUUCCUCCUGAAUGCAGCACAGCACAUAAAGUCGAAUACGCUACUCGCGGCCUGGAGCGGGCUCUUCCAUACUCUAGGACAUACGUUCAAGCAUCGUGUAUUCCCAGGUCCCGGUGACAUGAUCACGACUGAUGAACCCGAUAACGUGCGUGCCGUACUUAGUACCCAGUUCGACGACUGGGAAAUACCCCAGCUACGUAUUAACGCAUUUCUCUCUGUGCUUGGCCACUAUUCUAUUUUCACCUCCAAUGGGGAUGCCUGGAAGCGAGCAAGAACAACCCUGCGGCCGGCUUUUGUCCGUGAUCAGGUUGCUGAUCUACGAUGCCUUGAUCGUCACAUUGCUAAACUUAUACGAGCGAUCCCGCGCGAUGGUAGUCCCUUCGACUUGCAGGCUAUGUUUUCUAUGAUGACUACUGACACUAUAUCGGACUUUAUGUUUGGACGGUCGACUGACAUUCUGGGGAAUGCGCCCGAGGAUGGUCUACGAUUUGGCCGCUGCUUCGACGUGUCUAUGCAGAAGAUCGCUAACCGGGCUCGACUGGGCUGGGUAUCAAUGCUCUUUGGAGACCGUGAGCUAGAUGAAUGUACAAUAUUUAUGCAUUCAUAUGUAGAAAAGUAUGUCGCAGAGGUAAGGGGCGAACAAGGUGAGAAGAACGAAGAAGAACGAGAGGGCAAGAGGUAUAUGUUCCUUAACGAGCUGCUCUGGACCGGGGAAUCGGACGAAGUCAUUCGCGACCAUCUCAUGAGCAUAUUCACGGCUGGUAGGGAUACUACAACAAGUGUAUUGUCAUACCUAUUUUUCGAACUUUCGCGACGGCCGGACGUGGUUGCUGCAAUCCAGCGAGAGAUGAAAGAUCUAAGAAUGGACGACCCAAGUCAGCUUCCAGCUUGGGAAAGUCUAAGAGCUAUGAAGUACUUGAACUGGGCCGUUAAAGAAGCUCUACGACUUAACCCGCCCGUAGCAGCCAACACUCGUGAAGCCGUACGCGACACUAUUUUACCUACUGGCGGCGGGCCUGACGGAAAGUCGCCCAUUUUUGUAACCAAGGGCACGGUACUUAGAUAUUUAUCUUGGGCUCUACACAGGCGGAAGGAUAUCUACGGUGAUGAUGCCGACGAGUUUCGUCCUGAACGCUGGGAGACUCUGAGAACUACUUUUGAAUAUAUCCCGUUUAACGCUGGUCCACGAAUUUGUAUCGGGCAACAAUUUGCCUUGACCCAGAUAGCGUUUGUUACGUUUCGGCUCUUACAGGCCUUCAAGAAGAUCGAGCGGAAAGAUGACAGGCCGCCCAUCCAAAAGUUCGGUGUUAAUACUUCUAUGCUGUAUGGAUGUUGGGUUAGCAUGACACCUGCAUAA